UUCCCACCCACCUCUCACUCUUCUUCCCCUAACCAAUUAAUUAAAAUAAUGUUCUAAAGUACUUUGUUCCAUCAUUCUCUCUCCGUCUUCACACACGUGGACCCAUUUUUCUUUUUAUUAACCAUCAAAUGUCAACCGCUUCCUACCUCUUCCACCCUCCUCCUCUUCCGCCGUCGCCGCCACAAGACUCCAACCACUCUCACCUCACAACUCUAGGCUUUGGCUACACCAUAGCCAUAGGUCUCGGUUUCCUCGUCCUCAUUUCCAUCGUUCUUCUAUCCUCCUACAUCUGUUGCCGUGACUCUCGCCGCCGCACAACCGCUGUUGAAACCACCGAGGAACGUGGCAGAAGCGUAAACCUCCCUCGCGUAAUCUUUGUCUCCGAAGAAGACAACGAAGAUCUUGAAGCGGGUGACGUCAUCGUGGGACUAGACCAAGCCGUUAUAAACUCUUACCCUAAGUUCCACUUCUCCAACGAAACCUCCGUCGCGUCUUCCGAUGGAUUUGCCGGCGGCGGCGGAGGAGAUACGUCGUGUUCGAUAUGUUUGUGUGAGUAUAAAGAAGCAGAGAUGUUGAGGAUGAUGCCCGAGUGUAAACACUACUUCCAUUUAUGUUGUCUGGACGCGUGGCUUAAACUCAACGGUUCUUGUCCUGUUUGUCGGAACUCGCCGCUUCCGACGCCUACGUCUACACCACUUUCAACACCUUUGUCGGAAGUUGUGCCGCUCUCGCUGUAUGCGGCAGAUCGGAGGAGAGCAAGAAGAUGAGAUAUUUUACAUAGAUCCAUUCGCCUAAUAAAUUAAUUAGGAUUAUAUUAUUAUUUUUGGCUCCGUUUCAUUACAACUUUACUGAUUUGUAAUUAAAAUUUUCUUCAAAAGUGGAGUUUGCCAUUAGUAUCAUCGAAAUGAAAUAGUAUAGUC